CAAAUGUUGAUGAUAAAUUGGCAUACACAACUGACGGAACUCUGGUCCUGUUUUUCCAUAAUUUUCAUAGCUUUCACUCACUCAAAGCUUAAGCGCAUUUGCUAAAAAAAAAAAGAAGAAAAUUAUUGAUAAAUAUUUCCUAUUUUAUUAUUCUUCGAAAUCAAAUCAUAUAUUCUCAAAUUCUCUCGUCCAGAUUUCCGACUCUUUCAAGCUUAAAAAAAAAAAGAACAGAAAGAAGCGUUAUUAAAAUUUUUAAUUAGAUUUUGUUACGAAGUGUUAACAAGGAAGAUGAGUAAUAGCGUGGGCCAGAAUUUGAUACAGCAGCAUUUCCUCCGUCCCACGGUUUUAGAGCAUCAAAUCAAGCUAAAAGGUUCUUCUGGCAUCGCUUCAAAUUCCUUGUGUGCCACUGCUUCUCUGAAUCAAUCGCUAGCUCAGCCACGCAAAUAUCAGAUAUCUACUAAAUUUUAUGGUAACAGUUUGAGUAAGAGGAAACACAAAUUAGCCAUGGGGAGCCAACGCCCUCUGGCCUUCAUCCCUCAAGCCGUGUUAGCCACCGAUCCGGCUUCUGAGAAUCUCGGAAAAUUCAACAUCGACGGGAAUAUUGAAUUGCAGGUUGACGCUAGUGCUCCUACUUCAGGGUCUAUCACAAACGUAAAUUUUAGAGUUAUGUAUACUAGUGACUCUUUGCUCUUGCACUGGGGUGCAAUACGUGGUAGUAAUGACAAGUGGGUACUUCCUUCACGUCAACCAGAAGGGACCAGAAACCACAAGAAUAGAGCCCUAAGAACUCCAUUUGUGAAGUCCGGCUCCAGUUCAUAUUUAAAGUUAGAAAUUGAUGAUCCUCAAAUAGAAGCUAUAGAGUUUCUCAUAUUUGAUGAAGCCCGAAAUAAAUGGAUAAAGAAUAAUGGUCAGAACUUUCAUGUAAAGUUACCACGGAGGAAGACAUUGGUCUCAAACAUUUCAGUUCCUGAGGAUCUUGUUCAGAUUCAGGCAUAUUUAAGGUGGGAGCGAAAGGGUAAACAGAUGUAUACCCCUGAGCAAGAAAAGGAGGAAUAUGAAGCAGCUCGUGCUGAGCUAUUGGAGGAAAUAUCCAGGGGUGCUUCUGUGGACGACAUCCGGUCAAAAAUAACAAAAAAAAGUGGACAAGAAUAUAAGGAGACUGCUAUUAAAGAAGAAAAUAACAAGAUACCUGAUGAUCUCGUCCAAAUACAAGCCUAUAUAAGAUGGGAGAAAGCAGGGAAGCCGAGUUAUUCACCGGAGCAACAGCUUAGGGAAUUUGAGGAAGCAAGGAAAGAGUUGCAAUCUGAACUAGAGAAAGGUGCAUCUCUUGAUGAAAUCCGAAAGAAGAUUACCAAAGGAGAAAUAAAGACUAAAGUGGCAAAGCAACUGCAGAACAAAAAAUAUUUUAGUCCUGAACGAAUCCAGCGCAAGCAGAGGGACUUGAUGCAGCUUCUUAAUAAGCAUGCAGUAAAAGCGGUAGAAGAAAGUAUCUCUGUUGAAGUUGAACCCAAACCAUUGACAGCUGUUGAGCCUUUUGCUAAAGAAAAGGAGCUGGAUGGCAACCCUGUUAUGAGCAAGAAAAUUUACAAAGUUGGUGAGAAGGAGCUUUUGGUACUAGUAACCAAACCUGCUGGUAAGAUAAAGAUCCACGUAGCCACUGAUUUGGAAGAACCUCUUACCCUUCACUGGGCUCUAUCUGAAAAAGAUGGAGAGUGGCUGGCACCACCACCUGCUGUUCUUCCUCCUGGUUCAGUUUCUUUAGAAAAGGCUGCUGAAUCAAAAUUUUCAACAAGCACUUCUGGUGAUCUUCCUAAACAGGUGCAAUGCAUUGAGAUGGAGAUUGCGGAUGGCAAUUUUAAAGGGAUGCCAUUUGUUCUUCUGUCUGGUGGGAAGUGGAUAAAAAAUAAUGGCUCUGACUUCUAUGUAGAAUUCAGCCAGAGAUUCAAGCAAGCUCAAAAGGAUGCUGGUGAUGGCAAAGGUACUUCAAAGGUUUUACUGGAUAGAAUAGCUGCACUGGAGAGUGAGGCGCAAAAGUCUUUUAUGCACCGGUUUAAUAUAGCGUCAGACUUAAUGGACCAAGCAAAAAAUACCGGUAAAUUGGGUCUUGCUGGGAUAUUGGUAUGGAUGAGGUUUAUGGCUACAAGGCAGCUCAUAUGGAACAAAAACUACAAUGUGAAACCACGCGAGAUAAGUAAGGCACAGGAUAGACUGACUGACUUGCUACAGAGUAUUUACACCACUCAUCCACAGCAUCGGGAGCUUUUGCGCAUGAUUAUGUCUACCGUUGGUCGUGGAGGCGAAGGGGAUGUGGGACAAAGAAUUAGGGAUGAAAUACUGGUCAUCCAGAGACACAAUGAUUGCAAGGGAGGAAUGAUGGAGGAAUGGCACCAGAAGUUACAUAAUAAUACCAGUCCCGACGAUGUUAUAAUCUGUCAGGCAUUGAUUGAUUAUAUUAAAAGUGACUUUGACAUCAGUGUCUACUGGAAGACCCUAAAUGAGAAUGGAAUAACAAAGGAGCGCCUCUUAAGUUAUGAUCGUGCUAUCCAUUCUGAACCAAGUUUUAGGAGAGAUCAGAAGGAUGGUCUUUUGCGUGAUCUUGGACAUUAUAUGAGAACCUUGAAGGCGGUUCACUCUGGUGCAGAUCUUGAGUCUGCUAUUUCUAAUUGCAUGGGCUACAGAGCGGAGGGUCAAGGUUUCAUGGUUGGGGUGCAAAUAAAUCCUAUACCUGGCUUGCCAUCAGGAUUUCCAGACUUGCUUCGAUUUGUUCUUGAACACAUUGAAGACAGAAAUGUAGAAGCCUUGCUUGAGGGCUUGCUUGAGGCUCGUCAAGAGCUUAGACCACUGUUGCUCAAGUCUACUGGUCGUCUAAAAGAUCUUUUGUUUUUAGACAUUGCCCUUGACUCUACUGUUAGGACAGCUAUUGAAAGAGGUUAUGAGGAGCUGAAUAAUGCUAGACCAGAGAAAAUCAUGCAUUUCAUCACUCUUGUUCUAGAAAACCUUGUGCUUUCUUCAGAUGACAAUGAGGAUCUGGUCUAUUGUUUGAAGGGAUGGCACCAUUCCAUAAGCAUGUGCAAGAGUAAAAGUGCUCACUGGGCAUUGUAUGCAAAAUCAGUACUAGACAGAACUCGCCUUGCACUGGCUAGCAAAGCUGAGACGUACCAGCGUAUCUUGCAACCAUCAGCAGAAUAUCUUGGCUCAUUGCUUGGAGUAGACCAGUGGGCUAUCAACAUAUUCACAGAAGAAAUUAUCCGUGCUGGAUCAGCUGCAACUCUAUCCUCUCUAAUUAACAGACUUGAUCCUGUUCUUCGAGAGACUGCUCAUCUUGGCAGUUGGCAGGUUAUCAGUCCAGUUGAGGUUGUUGGAUAUGUUGAAGUUGUGGACGAGCUGCUUUCUUUGCAGAAUAAAUCUUAUAACCGACCUACUAUUUUAGUGGCAAAAAGUGUAAAGGGAGAGGAAGAAAUUCCGGAUGGUACAGUUGCUGUGUUGACCCCUGACAUGCCAGAUGUUUUGUCACAUGUUUCUGUCCGAGCAAGAAAUUGCAAGGUUUGCUUUGCUACUUGUUUUGAUCCUAAUAUUCUGGCUGACCUACAAGCAAAAAAAGGGAAACUGUUGUGCCUAAAACCUUCAUCUGCAGAUGUAGUUUAUAGUGAGGUGAAGGAAGGUGAGCUAGUUGAUUCAAGUUCAAGCAACUUGAAGGGAGAUGGUCCAUCUGUCACUUUGGUCAGAAAGCAGUUUGUUGGUAAAUACGCCAUAUCAGCAGAGGAGUUUACACCUGAAAUGGUUGGUGCUAAAUCACGCAACAUCUCAUAUCUAAAAGGAAAAGUGCCAUCUUGGGUUGGGAUUCCCACAUCAGUUGCCCUUCCAUUUGGAGUAUUUGAGAAGGUUCUUGCAGAAGAAGCAAACAAGGAAGUGGAUCAAAAGUUGCAAAUUUUGAAGAAGAAAUUAGGAGGAGGAGACUUUGGUGCACUUGAGGAAAUCCGUCAGACGGUUCUGCAGCUGAGGGCACCAUCCCAAUUGGUGCAAGAGCUGAAGACCAAGAUGCUGACUUCUGGCAUGCCUUGGCCUGGAGAUGAAGGUGAGCAGAGGUGGGAGCAAGCAUGGACUGCUAUAAAGAAGGUAUGGGCUUCAAAAUGGAAUGAGAGAGCAUAUUUCAGCACCAGGAAAGUCAAACUAGAUCACGACUACCUCUGUAUGGCUGUCCUGGUUCAGGAAGUAAUCAAUGCUGACUAUGCAUUUGUUAUUCAUACUACUAAUCCAUCGUCAGGGGACACUUCAGAGAUCUAUGCUGAGGUUGUCAAGGGACUUGGAGAAACUCUUGUUGGAGCUUAUCCAGGUCGUGCUUUGAGUUUUGUUUGCAAGAAAAACAAUCUCAACUCUCCUCAGGUUUUGGGAUAUCCAAGCAAACCAAUUGGUCUCUUCAUAAGGCGUUCCAUUAUCUUCCGAUCUGAUUCUAAUGGUGAAGAUCUAGAAGGUUAUGCAGGUGCUGGCCUUUAUGACAGUGUGCCAAUGGAUGAAGAAGAGAAAGUGGUGGUUGAUUACUCAUCGGACCCGUUGAUAAAUGAUGGCAAGUUUCAACAAGCAAUCCUUUCUAGCAUUGCUGGUGCAGGAAAUGCCAUAGAGGAACUGUAUGGAUCUCCACAAGACAUAGAAGGUGUGAUCAGAGAUGGGAAGGUGUAUGUUGUCCAGACAAGACCCCAGAUGUGAUCCUCUCAUUUGUUUCUUUUUAGUAUAAUAAUUAUAUUCUUUGGGCAGUGUUUUUUUGCCUAUGCCGACGUUGUAAAAUGAGUAAAACAUACAACACUGAAGAAGAGGUGAAAAUGAAAUAAAAACAAAAUGUAUAAAGAAAGAAUAAAUAUUCUAAAUCGCAGAACUAAGAACUUGUUUGUACGUGUAUGCAUACAUUAUAUGAAGAUGUUUCCUGGGGUCCUAUUCUAUCUACUCUUAAA